AUGAAGCACAUGAGAGUACAUACAGAGGAGAAACCAUACAGCUGUGUUAUUUGCAAUAUGGUCUUUUUAAAGAGAGGCCUUCUCAUUACGCAUAUGCGAGUACAUAGAAGAGAAAACUUAUACAGCUGUGAUAUUUGUAAGAAAAACUUUUCACAUAGAAGUAGUCUGGUAAGUCAUAUGAGAUUACAUACAAAUGAGAAGCCAUACAGCUGCGAGAUUUGUAACAAGGGUUUUUCACAGAAAAACAAUCUAUUGAGUUAUAUGAGAGUACAUACAAAGGAGAAACCAUACAUUUGUAAGAUUUGCAACCAUGCCUUUGCACAUAAAACUAGUCUAGGGGAUUCAUAUGAGAGUACAUGCAAAGGAGGAACCAUACAGCUGUGA